AUGGCGGACGGUGUAUUGGAACUUGUCUGCGAAUGCAAGCAUGACCCAUGGGGUAAAUUAGGGAAAGAUUCUCUCGCGGGUAGAUUAUGGUCACACAUGCCUGAUGCAGGAGAGCUGGACGACUCCGAGACCUAUUCUGAGAUGUGGAUGGGUACAUAUCCGACUGUACCAUCACGAGUUCGUGCUACAGGAGAAUCGCUUUUAGAGCAUCUCAAAAAGAAUCCCGAUCUUGUCGGAGAGUCAAUUUGCCGUAGUAGAUACGGCGCCGAUAUACCUUUCCUCCCGAAGAUUUUGUCUUUUGCAAAAGCACUUCCUCUUCAAAUCCAUCCAGACAAAGCUUUGGCCGAGCAGUUGCACAAGAAAAACCCGGAAAAGUUCGGCGACACAAAUCACAAGCCUGAGAUCGCGAUCGCAUUGUCUCGCUUUGAGGCAUUUGUUGGAUUUAAACCCCUCGCCGACAUUGCUGAGCUUGUGCGAAUGGAGCCAUUGGAGUCACUGGUGCCAGAGCACACUGAGUUCAAUGACGAGACAUUACGACAGCUCUGCACGAAUCUGCUCAGUUUAUCCCCGGAGGCUGUGUCUGACAUAGUCACAAAACUACAAAACAGUCCUUUGUCUGAGUUUGGAAAUGACCACAAAGUCACAUCAGGAAAUGAUCACGAAGUCACUUCACUUCUCCGUCGACUUAACGAGCAAUACCCCACGUCGGACAAUGGAAUUCUAGUCGCUACACUUCUAAUGAACUACAUGAUCUUGCAGCCUGGGGAGGCAGUAUGUGUCCCGGCUGAUAGCAUCCAUGCAUACCUAUCUGGAGACAUCAUGGAGUGCAUGGCGCGAUCAGACAAUGUCUUAAACACAGGCUUCUGCCCACGACCUGAUCGUGAUGAUGUUGGCUUGUUUGCGGAAGCUCUUUCAUUUAAACCACACAGCCCAGAAGAAUCUUUGCUUGAAAAGAAGACAAGUCAAAUUGGCUUGAAAGGACGGACUACUGAAUAUUCGCCUCCAAUUAGCGAGUUCAAUGUUCUAGGCGUCACCCUGCGUCCCAAGGAAAUUGAAGCUCAUCGCGUAAUCCAAAGCCCCAGCAUUUUGGUUGUAACUCAAGGUUCCGGGGGGAUGGCUGUGAGCGAUGGGUCCUUCCACGAGUUAAAGGAAGGGAGCGUCUACUUCGCUGCCAUUGACGCAGAGUUGAAAUUCUCGACUGACGCUGGUUUGACAUUGUAUCGAGCAUACGCCACCUUUUAA